AUCAUAUACCAAUAAAUCAAUUAUUAACUACGACAACUAACACUACCUUCCGUUCUUCUUCGUUACUUCUUAUCCAUUAUUUAAAUCUCUACUUUUCAACUAUCACUCCCUCUCUUUCUCUUUCUAAAUCUUAAUAUAAAAGAAAAAAAAUCACCCUUUUUAUUAGUCACUUUCUCUAUUUGUGGUACAAUCAAAAUAAAGACAAUUCUGAUAGUGAAGGAUACCUCAAGUGGUUAGAGCUCCUUCCCCGAUCCUGGGUGAUCCUAGGAUCAAUUCUCAUCACCCGUCCUUGUGUGCUUGUGGCUCUCUAAACACCAAAACAAAAAAUAAAGACAGUUCUCAUAAGAAAAAAAAAAAAAAAAAAAAAGCUUAAUUUUUUAGAAAAAGAGAAUCAAUUAUGGACGGUUUGAUCAAGGGUCUCGUCGACGUCGCGAUCGGCCACCAUCGUCGCAACGACGACGAGGAGGAUAACAACAACAACAACAACAGCAACAACUCUGAAGAAAUAGAAGAACGUUCUAGAUCCAGUUGGGCGCAGGUGGUGUCAGGGGAGCAGGAUAAUGAUCAAACUGGUCAACACACUUCUUAUGCUGCUGCUGCUACUGUUGAUCAUACUUAUCAAUCUCAAUACGUUACGCAUACUACGCAUGAGAAUUAUCAACAAAAUGAAGCUUAUGAGAGGCCUAGUCAUAACCGAAAUGAAGAGAAUGAACAAGAGGAAAACUCUGAUGGUUGGCAAACUGCUCACAAGAAGCACCACAAGCGGCCUCAAAGGGUUCAUAUGGAUCAUUGGAAUUCAUAUAAAAGUCCUCCAAGUGAGCAGCAAUAUUCUGAGGAAGUCAACUAUGCUGCUGAAAUGGAGCCAUCUGAAAAUGAGCUUUCUGACUACAUAAGUGCUUGCGCAAAGCUUUGGGAACUCGAUUUUAACCGCUUGAAUCCUGGAAAGGACUAUGAACUUGAUGUUGGUGAGGGGAAGAGGGUCCAUGAGAGGGAAGACAUGGCAGAAGCCAGUCUCUUUACAUGGGUUGAUGAAAAUGUUCUCAGAAAACCUACUUUUUCUCGGUUCUGUGCCCUGCUUGACAACUACAACCCAUAUGAAGGAUGUAAGGAAAAAGUAUCUGAGGAAGAAAGACGGGAACAAGCUGCAUUUAUUGAAGAGAUUAGUAGGACUGCGCCUAUCAAGUACCUUUACAAGUAUCUUUCAAAAACAGGUCUCUUCACUGAUAAUUACCAGGAAUUUAAGAGUAUGCUAAAAGAUCUCUGGUUUACUCUUUAUGGUCGAGGUGGUACUUCUGGAUGCUCAUCUUCUUUUGAACAUGUCUUUGUUGGAGAAAUCAAGUCACGUGGAGAACAACAGGUCUCAGGCUUCCACAACUGGCUUCAGUUUUACCUUGAGGAGGCAAAAGGGAAGGCAGACUAUCAAGGUUAUAUCUUGCCUCGCAGAAAUAGGCAGUUUCCAGAUGCCGAGACACAGUUGCUUACAGUUCAAUUUGAGUGGAAUGGAGUCCUCAAAUCUCUCUCAAGCAUGUUCAUAGGAGUAAGCCCUGAGUUUGAACUAGCCCUCUACACACUAUGUUUCUUUGCAGGAGGAGAGGACAACCACAUAGAGGUCGGUCCAUACCCGGUUAAUAUCAAGUGUUAUCGUCUAGGAAACAAAAUUGGUUCUGCAUUUCCUAUCGCUGAGGCCUGAUCAGCAAGGAGUAAAACUCUGCUCUUAGUCAUAAACUCUGAAUGUUCUAAAGAAGCUAUAUUAUAUAAACUCCCUUGUAUUUUGAAAUCCCUAUUUGAUACACAACAUUGUUCUGCUACAAAGUAUUGAUGGUAGCAGUUUUACAGGAAGGAAAGCAUGUGCCUCCCUAAGUAAAUUAUUUCUCUUAUACUGUGCUAUUCGAGUGCAUUUUUCCA